AUCGUUAAAAUUACAUUUUUAUAAAUAAACAUCAGGAUCAAAUUGGGAACACAACAUGGCUAACUCAGCGGGUUUAAUCAUGCGGUGCUUGCAAGCGCUGGCAGGGUUUUAUAUAAUGAACAAGGUGGUUCCUAUGAAUGGCAUAUUUUUUGCUAUAUUAUUAAUCUACAUCCUAUUCACGCCGUAUUACUACAUCAGCUUGCUCUAUUUUGCUUACAUGUACCUGGACAGGCACACACCAAGCCGGGGCGGCCGUGGGUUUUACAUGUGGCGAAAUCUAUUCAUUUUUAAAUGGUUUGCCGACUAUUUUCCAAUGAAACUGGUGAAAACCCAUGAUUUGGAUCCGGGUAAAAAUUAUUUCUUUAUUUGCCACCCGCACGGACUACUGUCGCUAUCAUUUGUGGGCCACUUUGCACUGCAACGAACCGGUUUUGCCACCAUGUUUAAGGGCCUAUUCGUCCGGUUUGUUAGUCUAGACAUUCAAUUCUGGUUCCCUAUUCAUCGGGAAUUUGCACUCGCGAUGGGUGUAAUCGCCGCCAACAGGCAAAGUAUUGAGUGGUGUUUAAGUAGUAAAGAAGGUAACAAAGGAGGACAAGUGGUAGCACUGGUAGUCGGGGGCGGGCGUGAAGUAUUGGACGCGCAUCCAAACACAAUGAACCUGUGUCUCAAAAAUCGUAAGGGUUUUGUCAAAAUAGCCCUCACAACGGGCACAUCUCUGGUACCGGUGCUCUCGUUUGGCGAGAAUGAAGUCUUCGAGCAGAAAGCGUUUGCACCGAACUCACGGUUCCGUCGAUACCAGGAAUGGAUGUUAAAAACGUUUGGAUGCACUCAACCGGUGCCCAAAUCCCUGCUCCCCAUCAGACACCCCAUCACAACAGUCGUGGGAAAGCCUAUACCAGUGGCAAAAGUGGACAAACCGUCGGCCGAACAGAUCAAUGAACUCCACGACAGAUAUAUUGAUAACUUGGACCCUGGUCAAAAUUACAUGUUUGUUUGCCACCCGCACGGACUGAUGUCGCUAUCAUUUAUUGGCCACUUUCUCGUUCAACGGACCGGAUUUGCCACCAUUUUCAAGGGCCUCAACAGUCGAUUCGCUACAAUAGAUAUGCAAUUCCGGUUCCCUUUCCAUAGGGAAGUGGCAAUGAUGCUAGGUGCAAUCGCCGCGAGUAGGCGCAGCAUUGAAUGGUGUUUAAGUGGCAAAGAGGGAACGGGUCAAGUGGUAGCACUUGUAGUCGGGGGCUCACGUGAAGUGCUCGAUGCAAAUCCAAACACGAUGAAUUUGUAUCUCAAAAAUCGCAAGGGAUUUAUCAAUAUAGCAAUCACAACGGGCACAUCUCUGGUACCGGUGCUCUCGUUUGGCGAGAAUGAGAUCUUUGAGCAGAAAGUGUUUGAACCGAACUCACGGUUCCGUCGAUACCAGGAAUGGCUGUUGAAAACGUUUGGAUGCACUCAACCCGUGCCCACCACUUAUCUGCCUUUCAGACACCCCAUCAAUACAAUCGUGGGAAAGCCUAUAACAGUGGCCAAAGUGGACAACCCGUCGGCCGAACAAAUCAAUGAACUCCACGACCGAUAUAUCGAUAGUUUGCGGCAAUUAUUCAAUGAAAACAAAGACAAAUACGGAUCCAAAGACUUGAAACUCAUUAUCAAAUAA